AUCGGGUUCGGGAGUCUAUGUCUAAAGCGAAAGUAGAAACCCAAGUUGUUCUUAAAAAAAGUUAAUUGUUCAAUAUUCGUUGAAAUAAAGAUUACCCCGAGUAAUAAGAUGUACAUAUUCUUGAAGCCCUGAAACGUCACAACUUGAAAGGUGACCUUGGUCAGGGACUAAGAAUAGGGCACUAUUGACUGACAGUAAAGUCCGAUUGCUGAUGAAGGGACUCGUGUUCGUGAAACCAAAAUCCUGUAGUGAUGGAAUGGAUUGGAAAAUGUGAUAUGUUCGUGGUCACCUGUUUACUCUGGUGUACGGCUGUCGGUUCUUUCGUAAGCUGUUACAAAGAUUUGCCCCCCGUCUGGAAGGAAGGCCAGUGCCCGUUGAGAGAGACAGACAAUUGUAACCCGAGCAAGGGAAGAAUGAGUAUUAACAUUGAAAAUAUGAUAAAACAACUACAAACAGAUGUGUCCAGCCUUAAACGAGACUCGGAAUCAAGACGGAAAAUCAAUAAUCUAAUACAUACUAUUUCACAAUUAAGAAUUUCAGUGAAUAAAGAAAAGGAAAAUGGUGAGAGAUUAAAUAAACGUGUUGCAAAUCUGCAAAAUUCGAUUAAUGAAGUAGAAGGGAGGACGACACAGGAAACCAGUGAAAUACGUGCGAAAUUGGACUUGAUUGGAGGAGAUGUAACAUUACUACAUUCAAGACACUCGGAGUUGAUAGUCAAGAUGAAAGAAGACUCAGAUCACACGUUGCGGAGAGACGAACAGUUGAAUAAAGAUGUACAAGAUGCCCAUAGUACUAUUGCUCGUAUGCAGACGACAAUUGACGAGCAAAAAGAAAGUAUAGAAACUUUGAAUCGGGAAACCUUGGAGACCCGACAGAAUCUGUCUCACGUUUCGAACAUGUUGUCUGAGGUUACAAAGCUAGUCAAAUAUUGCGAGCAGAAAAUACCGGAUCUGGACAGUAAACUCUCCUUAAAUAACCUCACCAUACAGGAAAUAGUCGCCUAUGGCAAACUUGUCUUCAUUUUUCUACUGGUCAUCGGUUUGUGCGUGGUUGUUUACAGACGAAGGAUACGGCUUCCUCACACAGAGACGGAAACGCCAAUCCCAACAGACAAUAGCGAACACCGAAAGUCAGAACAAAGGAAACACACCCGGGAAAACCUCGAUGUGAUCUAUAAUCAAGCUCCUGCACAGAUGACUCGUUUUACUAGGAGAACGUUGGAGAACAGCGUAGGUGUCAUGAGUUUUGAUAAACACAAAAGCGACUUCCACAAAGAUCUGAUUGAAGGUUUAUUGUCUGCUGCCAGUUUGUCAAUCAAAGUUCGGCGUACCAUUGUGACGCGUGAGGAUGAAAUCCAAACAAUCCCUCCAUCCAAGGUGGUCUUUGUUUUCGUGGAAGCCAACAGCCGUCAUAUCAUACUAGAAGACCCAACCCAGGAAAUCGGCUGGUUCCGGAAACAAACUGUUGAAUCCGUUCUCGAAAUGGGGUGUGACGUAUUUGUGUUGUACGUCAGAGAUGAAGAGGUAGAGAAUGAUUCUUUGUACCACAGCAGACUGAGGUCCGUAGAUCGUCAUCAGAUUCUGUCGACACUAAAGGGAAGGAACCGAGUACUCAGUCUCAAUCUUUCUUUUUCUGAUUAUCAGAAAAAGUUCCUCUUCUCAGAACUCCAGAGUGCUUUCAGAUAAAGAUUUAUUCAGCACAAAAAAAUUGACCACAUAUCAGUUUUGGCGUGCAUGUGACUUUGUUACCGGUUGUCUCUGAAACGUGCAGGAAAAUGUUUCAGUUUAUAUUAUAUAAUUAGCUUUUUCUCUUUUGAUAACUAUUACAAAACACGAACUCAUCAUUGCUGGAUGAACAAUAAAAUUGAAAUGAAGUA